AUGCUCAAAACGCCCAAAAAUUUGCACUAGUCUUUUGACUUACACUCUCAGAAGAGUUUUAAUUUUGCUGAGGAGGAUUAAGCCUUUGAUAUCAAAGAGUGCGACUCACUAAUGGACAGGUUAAGAGAGAUAGAGAUGGAUCUAUAGACUCCAUAUUUGGAAAAGAAAUCUUAACAGCAUAGAUCAGUGGCUAGUGGCCGCUAGCUAGAAUUCGACAUUGAAGAUGAACUGAAGAGUGCUAUAAAUGAGAUAAGUGAGAGGGAAAAGACUUGCAAACAGAUAUUGCAAAUAUGUCAGUUUUUUGCCAAUCAGUGUCAGAAAUUCAGCACCUCUACUAUUGACUAGACAGAUCUCAUAGCUGAGCUCCAAAGAACCAAUAUAUCACUACAGAUACAAAAUGAUCAAAUAAUCAAAGAAGUUACAGAUAUGGUACUUAAGGUAUCAACUCUGGAGCAGGAGAUUCAAGAACAGUAAAAGCUAAUCAGAGAACUUCAAGAGAGUAAUCGCCUAAAGGUACAGGAAAUCAAGUCAUUAAACACUGAUAAUAAGUUGUUGAAGAAUUCAGAGAAGUUGCUUACUAGUCAACUCAAAUAUAUUGAAAGAGGGGAUGCUGAAAAGAGUGAUACUUCCCACACAGUUCCUAAGAGCACUAUGAAUACCAGCUAGCAGCACUUUAGCUUUAAAGAUGAAGAAAAAGAAAACAAGCCUACAUUGUUGAAUAAAUAUGAUAAAAACUCAUCAGCAAGCAUUGAGUAAUUAAUCUAGUAAAAAGAUUUUUAAAUAGAACAACAAAGCAAAAAGAUUAAAGGCAUGAUUGCAGAGAUUCAAGAAAAAGAUAAGACGAUCCUGAAGUAGCAAGAUAAGAUCAAGAGUCUGGAAUUGUAAAACUCAAAUCUCAAGCAGGAAUGCCAAUAACUUAAGACCAAAUUAGAAACAAUUGCCAGAGAAAAGGAAGAGGAGCAUAAGACUCUUAUGGAUUAGCAAGCUGCAGCAAUUAGAACAAGAAAGAAUAGUAAGAACAGUCUGGUAUAGCUAGAAAAGCCAUUUGUAACCAAUCCUAGUCCAAAUGGAUCUGAAAGUGGUAUAUCACCAUUGAAUAAACAAUUUGCAGAUAAUGAUUCAUUUAAUGGAGAGGACAUAAGAGAUAACAAUUCAUCACCUCUAUCACAUGCCUUCUUUAAUGAUUCUCCUUCAUUGAACUCUUUUAAGGGCUUUACCUUGUAUCAAACAAACAAUGAAUCUUAGCAUUAGUACUAGACUUAAACCACCUAGAACUAAUACUUCACAAGCAAGCAGGAUUCAUCUAAAAAAUGUAGUUGCCAGAGUAGUUCACCUGCUGUUAGUUCAAAGCCAAAGUCAAGCAAGAAUCUCAAUCUCUAUUAAGACUUUGAUGAGCUGGUGAGAGAGUCUUCUAUCAUUGACAAUCAUGAAGAUGAGAUCGAGAAGAGACUAGCAGAGCCAACAUUGAUGGUAACCAAGAAGAGAAGUAACACUUUCAUCAAGACUAAGAGAGUUGAUGCUGAAGUGGAGUUCUUUAAGAUGCUUGUCCUGGCUUACAAGCUGAACUUCCCAGAGAUGAGCAAGAUUUGUCAGAUCAACUCUGAAAAACUAUACUAGAGAGCAAAGAAAGAGGGUGUGACCUUCUAUAAGUAUCACGAGUGGAUUGAGAAACAGAUGAAUGCUUAGACUUUAAGUGUUUUAUACUCAUUCACUAAGUUGUAUAACGGUGAUGACGACAAUGAAAGUCAAAAUUUAAACGACAGCUCAUUCAUCUAAGGUAAUAGGGAAAGAAGAAUGAGUAGAAUUGAGAAACUUAAGAUUAGAAAGCAGUAGAUAUCUCAGGCUAUUAAUGAUCAAAGGUGCAUAAUCAUGUGA